AUCCAAUCUUCUUCAUCAGAUCACAGACGAGUCAAGCAAUACUUCUAAACCAAAAUUCAGAAACGAUCAACCAAAAGAAAAGAAAGAUGAGUUCCACAACCAGAGCUUGGGUUGCCGCUUCAAGCAUUUUAGCUGUUGAGGCAUUGAAAGAUCAAGGCAUCUGCAGAUGGAAUUACACUCUGAGGUCGUUGCACCAACACGCCAAGAACAACCUGGGAUCGUUUUCUCAGGCUAAGAGGAGCAUCUCUUCUUCCUUAGCGAUGGCCUGUAACAAGACAUCGAGAGAUGAGAAGCAGAUGAAGCAAUCCGAGGAAUCUCUGAGAAAAGUUAUGUACUUGAGCUGCUGGGGUCCCAAUUGAUCCACUCCCACACCUCCCUUAACACUACCAGUGUUACAGAUUUUGACCCAGCAAACGAAGAAUGGCAAAAUUGGGGUCGGACAUCGGUGGAGGCUGAGAAUGAAAUAUACCAAGAAUUUUGUAAUUACUGCAUAUAAACACCAUUAAAUCGUUAUCUUAAUUACACAAAUAUAUACUUCCUUAUUAUCUCAAAUUCUUCAUUUUCUUUUC